AUGGCUGCUCGCGCAACGUACAACUUCACCAAGACGUGGCUCACUGACCCGUCCACGUACCCGAUUCUUGGGAUCAUGACGGUGGCUCUCACUGGCGCGUCGUACACCAUGAUGCGGUACUCGACCAAGCACCCUGACGUCCAUUUCGACAAGGACCGUCGCCAGGACUACUUUACGUACCAACCGACGGAAGGCGAGCAGUGGCGCGCCCACCGCUUCUCGUUUGCCAAUGGCAAGCGCAACCCGAUCAACCAGUCCGAGCUGUUCGACCCCAUGUUUGAGCGCGCGGAGAACCAGCACAUCCAACGUUAA